AAAGCAGAACACACCACCACCCAGAGCGCCAUGUCCGAUACAAGCAGCUUGGAGAAGGCUUUGGAGACCGUGAACAAGCUGAUUGAUCGCCUUCAAGCCCGGCCUUCCAAGUCUCCUGCGAUGGCAUCCUCAGGUGAUGGCCAUGAAGGGGCGGCGGCGCUGCGAGAGGACGCGCCGAGGCCGUCAGGCGCCUCAACGCCCACGAAGCUAAAUGCAGACGCCCCGUCCUUUGUACCUCAGGCCCAAACUCUUGCUCAGGUUGCUGCGGCCUCCCCUUCAGGCGGCCUGACCGUGCUGAAGCCGGCGACAAGUGACGCUCCUGCGAUUGUGGGGCCCCCUGUCCCCCCUGGCGGGGUUUCAGACAAGGCGCAUGCAGACCCGUCUACGCACGUGCAUCCUGCUGGCACUCCGGACCCAAGCGCUGAGCCAGGCCCAUCCUCUAGCCUCUCCCCCGGAGAUGAGCAAAACUUCUCCAAGGCGUGGCUCCAAGUCGGGCGCGUCACGGAGAUCGAGGACCACCCCAACUCCGAAAAGCUCAUAGUGGUCAAGGUCGAGAUUGCGCCGGGGGAGAUGCGCCAAGUGGUUGCGGGGCUGAAGAAGCACGUGAAGAAGGAGGACCUGCUGCUGAAACUGGUGGUUUUGAUCCUAAAUCUGAAGCCGGCCAAGCUGGGUGGGGUGGCUAGCGAGGCGAUGAUUCUGGCGGGGGAGGGGCCGCUGGCUGCGGGGACGGACGAGAAGGAUGACCAGCGGAAAGUGAAGGUACUGGAGCCUGCAGUGUCGUCGUCCAUCGGGGAUCGCGUAUUCCUAGAGGGGGGUGUUCCGAGUGACAGUCCGGACAAGAAGUUGAGUUCGAAAGUAUGGGAGAAAAUGGUUCCUCUGUUGACGAUCAGAGGCGGGCACGCACAUUUCGCUGGCAAGCCUCUCGUAACGUCAUCAGGCCCCGUUUUCGUCGAGGAGCUACCCGAUGGUUCUACAAUUCAUUGAUUGUCGAUUUGCCUGGGUACUCAGUGACCAAGAGACGACCUGCUGUCGUACAAAUAAGAUCGGAAUGAAUCAGUAGCCUGUGUACAUACAUCUGCUCGAAAUUUUGAAAUUGCGGUUUAGACAUGCUUCGGAAGAAUUGUAGUUAGGCAGUUUUGCGGUCCUUCGAUACUGAUGUUUGAGUUGAGCUUAGUUACAGAACGUUGACAAGGGCGCCUCUAGGGAAGGGGUGGUCGACCAAUGCAAAGCGAAGCAAGAUACUUUAUAAGCUGCUUACUGGGUAGUCUCAACGGCGCGUCCUUCAAUGGUGUGUGUAUGAUAUCAAGGGGACAAUCCGAGGCUUCCUUUCGAUGAACAGGGUGCCUCAGUGUGCUCAUGAGAUCUGGAAGGGUGAUCCCAAGCUUGCGUUUCAUAGUGAUUUUUGUUUUUCCGGAUCGUUGCAAACAGUAAUUUUGCAUGUGUAGAAG